CAAUUAGCACGAAAAAUAGUUAUGAAGUCACAAUCGCCGACAAGAGGAAAUGGACAAAAAUAUUAUGUACGAACCGGAGAGAAAUUAUCUUCAAAUUAAUACAUAGAAUUUAGAGGGCCACUUAAAAGCAAAUCCAAAGUUCAUUGCGCCAAUAGUUGUUGUGCUGUGUUGGCGGAGAAAAGGUGUACAAAGAUCGACAAAAAAGAAAACUAGAUGAAAUCUAAGGACUAAUUUCUUUUGAGACUGUCCAAAGUGCCAAAAGUGUAUUUGUGAAACUCGUGGAGCUUUUUGAGUGGUAUUCAAAAUAGUGUAUUAUAUUGAGAGUGAAGCAAAAUGGCGUUGUGCGGCUUAAAGAAAUUGCUCUUUUUUAGUUUGCAAGUAGCGAUCUGCAUUUACUUAUCCAUUGACUCAACAACUGCAGUGUGCAAUGUCUGCCAGGAUAAUCAAGUUGCCUGCAUCAAUUCAACAUCGUUCUAUCUUUGCUUUGGUGACAAUAAUCCCAAUAUGGAUGUACUGUAUCAUUGCAAGGAGGGCUUCGAGUGCACAGAAUUCAACGCCAUCUGUCUACAAGCGAGUGCAACGCGUGCUCCCAGUUGUGGCUCCACAUCGCUUUGUCGACAAUGUACGGCUCAACGUAAUGCACUCUUCGCUUGUCUGAGUCGCACCACAUUCCAAAUGUGUUAUGGCGCCUUACAUCCCACCGGUCAAGUGGGUAUUUGUCCCAGUGGAUUUGUUUGUGACGCCACAAGUGAUGCGAUUUGUGUUAGUGCUGCUGGACCGCAUACUGUAACCUGUGAUGUGAUCGAUCCUUCUACUGAGCCGACAACAGCAAGUCCACCCACUUCACUGCCUACAACUCCAACAUAUCCAUUGACACCUAAUGAGGUUUGUGCUCAGCAAACGCGAACUGGUCUAUACCCGACCAUGCCACAUGAUCCGUAUUGCAAGAGGUAUAUACACUGUCGCAAUAAACGUGGUACUGAGUAUUCGUGCGCUCCGAACACAUACUUUAGUAUGGAAAAUAAAGCUUGCACUAUUAAUAAGCCAGCCUACUGUAUUUGAAUAAAUUUUUAAUUAUAAACAACUGAACAAUUUUGGUGGAAUUUAUAUUUUAUGUUCUGAAAUAUACGUAAACUUCCAUUAUUCCUUUCUCUCUCUAAAUGUCUUCCAGAAGAGAAGGUAUACCGUAUAUGAAAUAUGCGAUGUU